CGGCCCGCCCCGCCCCGCUCCCGGCACCCACCGUGCGGGCGGGCCGGCGGAGCGGAGGGCGCGGAGCCGGUGGCGCAGGAAAUAAACGGCCUCUAAUGCGAGAAGUACGAUGAAAUUCUGUUGCCUUUCCUUCCGACAGCCCUACGCAGGGUUGCUUCUAAACCAAGUCAAAACGCUAGAGACUCGCUGGCGUCCUUUGCUAGCAGGGUACAAGAACUGCACCAUUGCUAUUCAUAUAGCUGUUAAGGACUGGGAAGAUGAAACAUGGAGAGAAAUUCUUCUGAAUAGGCUCGGCAUGACUCCGAAACAACUGCAAGAUUUGUUGGAUGAAGGGGAAAAAUUUGGCAGAGGAGUUAUUGCAGGAUUAAUUGAUGUUGGAGAGACAUCACUAUAUCCAGAAAACCUGCCUCCUGAAGAGAUUCUGGAGCUGGAAAACAAAGCUGUCCUCAGUAAUCUAGAACAGAAAUACUUGACUGUUGUUUCAAAUCCCAGAUGGCUCCUGGAACCAAUUCCUGCCAGAGGGAGAACUGGGGUAUGGCAGGUGGACAUCCCUGAAGAACUGAUCCCUUCAGAAUUUUAGGUGUUGCCCUUUACUAUUAUUUUUCGUGCCUAAAUGCAGACUUGUAUUUAAGAUGCUGAGUUGUGAAUUACAUCAGCAUCUUGUUUAGGAUUCUAUUCCAAAACUAUUUGAAAUGGCAAAUACAUUUGAAGAACUGCUUUUUUGAGACAAAACAAAAAAGAUGUGUCUUUAUGGCAUUAAAUUGUUUUUCUAGAUUUUUCCUGUAUAAACAACUAAGUAAGUGCCAUUUUUAAAUGUACAGUUAUGUAUUGUGUGCCAAUUUAAAUGUAAAUUAAAAUUAUUUUUUGAUAGCUGCAUCUCUGAUUAUAGGAAAAUGGUGCUUAAAAGCAGGUUGCCGCAAUUUAUAGGACAUCUGUCCCAGACCACUCCUUGUCCUGCCUUAAGGAUAGAUUCUUUUCAUUCACAUUUCAGGCACACAAGAUGUGCAUAUGAUGAAUACAGCUCUGUGACCUGACAGACAUUGCAGAAAGUCCAUUUUGAGAAGGUGCUUGUACAAAAUGAAAUUGAGCAAGUAUUACAUUUUUUCCUCUCUUAUUUAAGAUUAAAAAUACUAGUUAUCUUUCAAAAUAUAAUACUGAAUUCAAAACAAGUGUGAAAAAUUACAAAUAAUAGCCACUAAGCUUUGGCACUCUCAAGAGUUUUUCAAAAUUCACACCCUACAUUACAGUGAAAAUCCUUUUGCUUUUCUGGAGCAAGGCCACACCUAGGCAUGGCUCUAAGAACAAGACAAGUGGCAGAGCCUUUGUAUUCAGACACUUCACUGGAGGACUUAGGAACCUGUUCCCUUGGACUACAGCACUUCUGUCAGAGCUGUGGCCCAGGGCCAAUGCCUGCAGCUCCACUGUCUGAACCACACGUGGAACUGAGCCAUGACCUGGACACAGAGCGAGCUGCUGCCAGCACAGCUGCAGGGGUGGGAAGUGACUGCAGGGCAGGGCUGGGUCAAGUUCCCUGAGCAGUUCCCUGGCCCCAGCCAGGCGCUGCUGUGCCUUGGCUGAAGGGAAGGUGCAGAGGCUGGAGCUCCUCCGUGUCUGAGCAGCAGCAGAUAGAGCUGUACGGGCACCACUGCCUCAAGGACCUGCCUUAGCACUGUGCUAGGCAGGUGAGGCCGUCCCCAGUGCAGAGCUGUGCCUGUUGUCCCUUGCCCCUGCUGUGCAUGGACUGCUCUCCUCCUGGGACCUGGUUUCUCGUUCAAGCUCGGUAUCUGGUUUUCUUUUCCAUGGUGGUGUGCAGGCAAAUGGAUGUCCGGUAACAAUGCCGCUGAUGUUUGAUUUGUUGAAUCAGUAAUAAAGUAUACAUAAAUAAUAUAUAAAAUAAAACUGCAACAAAAUUUAA